CUGCUGUUACUUAUGCAACUACACAAGUUUUUUGUAUAGCUUUAGUUUCCAAGAGAAACUUGGUAAAAUGUCAAAAUGUCUUGGAAACUAAAGUUAUACAAACAACUUGUUGCACAAUUUUGACAUUUUACCCUGUAAAUAUCAACUGUCUCCCUCAUUACAUCAGUCGUUUUAGUUUAUUUAUUGAAAUCAAACCUGUGUUUUUACAUUCUAUAGAGUGUUUGAGAGUACAUGCAACAAAGUUAGAGUUGAAUAUAAUAUUGAAUUUGAAAGCAGGAGAUAUGGGGAAUACAGCUGGAUAGUUUUUUAUUGGAUGGCGUUUAUGGGUAUUUUUAGUGCGGUUAGGAAAGCGAGUUGGUUUUUAGAUGCAGUGGGUGGCGGUAACGCACCGUAGUAUGUCACAAGCUGACAGAAGAAGAAUAAUGUUAACUUCCGGUACCACAUAGAUUCACUUCCGGUGUCAGUAAGUACAUGUGGUAAACAAGCGUAUGUCUCUCAGAAGUUGCAAGCAUGGACUCUUUAGGAAAGUGGAGCAGUUUACCCCAAGGUCCCAGUUUAAAGAACCUGACAGAGGGAGGCUUUGGAGCCCUGAAGGAAACGCAACAUGCUGCUGUUCAGGAUUUAACAAAAGCUCACAUCGAGUCUUUUGACCAGGCUGUUACUGACGGACUCAGCCGCGUUGUGCAGGCCAUCCCGCCCCUGGAGUUUACUGUCAAAAACGAGACGAUCAGCCUUUCGUUUGUGGAAGCGACCAUCUACCACCCAAUGGUCGCCAAAGGAAGCAUCUGCAGCGAAACGAGGGUGUUUCCAGCUGAAUGCCGGGGAAGAAGAAGCUCAUACAAAGGGAAGUUGGUGGCAGAUGUUAGUUGGUCCAUCGAUGGGGUUCCUAAAGGCAUAAUCAAGCAGUCCCUGGGCCAGGUACCAAUCAUGGUGAAGUCCAAGCUGUGUAAUCUGCAUGGCAUGUCUCCUAAAGAGCUCGUAGAGCACCACGAAGAAGCAGAGGAAAUGGGAGGCUAUUUCAUUGUGAAUGGAAUCGAGAAGGUUAUCCGAAUGCUGAUCAUGCCAAGGAGGAACUAUCCCAUUGCCAUGUCCAGGCCUAAGUGGAAGAACAGGGGCCAGGGCUACACACAGUAUGGCAUUUCGAUGCGCUGCGUGAAGGAAGAGCACACGGCCAUAAACAUGAACUUACAUUAUCUGGAAAAUGGGACGGUGAUGCUGAACUUUAUCUACCAGAAAGAGCUUUUCUUCCUCCCACUAGGCUUUGCACUCAAGGCCCUGGUGGACUUUACAGACUACCAGAUCUACCAGGAGCUGAUCAAGGGGCGUGAGGAUAAUUCUCUCUACAAGACCUGCACCUCAGAGAUGCUUCGCGUCGUCAUGGAGCAAGGCUGCAACACCCGUCACCAGGUGCUCAAUUACCUCGGAGAGCGCUUCAGGGUCAAAAUGAACCUUCCUGAGUGGUACACGAACGAGCAGUGCGCCAACUUCCUGCUAGACGAGUGUGUCUGCAUCCACUUGAAGUCGGGCGUAGAGAAGUUUUACCUGCUGUGUCUGAUGACGAGGAAGCUUUUCUCGUUCGCCAAGCAGGAGUGCAUGGAGGAGAAUCCCGACAGCAUCAUGUGUCAGGAAGUGCUCACCCCUGGUCAGCUGUACCUCAUGUUUCUUAAGGAGAGACUGUCAGCCUGGUUGCAGUCUGUGAAGCUUUCCUUUGACAAGAGAGGCAGCAGACUGAGUGGAGGAUGGACUGCUGAAAACGUGAUGAAGAUAUUCAAUAUGGGCACUGAUGUGACCAAACCAUUUGAAUAUCUGUUGGCCACUGGUAACCUCAGUUCUAAAACCGGUCUCGGCAUGUUGCAGAGCUCAGGUCUGUGUGUCGUAGCUGACAAACUCAACUUCAUCCGUUACCUGUCCCAUUUCCGCUGCGUGCACAGAGGAGCAGCGUUCGCCAAGAUGAGGACCACCUCAGUCCGCAAGCUGCUGCCCGAGUCCUGGGGCUUCCUGUGUCCCGUCCACACCCCUGACGGAGAGCCCUGCGGCCUCAUGAACCACAUGACGGCCAGCUGUGAAAUUGUGGCUCAGACCUUGCUGACCACAUCUCUCCCAGCUCUGCUCUGUUCCUUAGGCGUUACUUCAGUGGAUGGUUCACCUGGUCAGCCGUUCUCAGACUGCUACCCUGUGCUGCUAGAUGGAGCUGUUGUAGGGUGGGUGGAGAGUGAAUUAGCACCAGUUGUGGUCAAUUCCCUUCGCAGAUUUAAGGUUCUGAGAGAAAAGAAAAUCCCUCCCUGGACUGAGAUUGUUCUGGUUCCUAAAACGGGCAAGGCCAGUCUGUAUCCAGGCCUUUUUCUCUUCACAACCCCCUGUCGCAUGGUGCGGCCUGUACAAAACCUGGCUCUCGGAAAGCAAGAGUUAAUCGGCACCUUUGAACAACUUUACAUCAACGUGGGCAUCUUGGAGGCUGAGAUUGAUCCAGGAGUGACCACACACCAGGAGCUCUUCCCUCACAGCAUGCUCAGCGUGGUGGCUAACUUCAUCCCGUACUCGGACCACAACCAGAGUCCCAGGAACAUGUACCAGUGUCAGAUGGGGAAGCAGACGAUGGGUUUCCCCCUGCACUCAUUCACGGAUCGCUCCGACAACAAGCUGUACCGGCUCCAGACCCCACAGAGCGCGCUGGUCAGGCCCUACAUGUACGACCACUACAACCUGGACAACUACCCCAGUGGCACCAACGCCAUUGUGGCCGUCAUAUCUUACACAGGCUACGACAUGGAGGAUGCUAUGAUUGUGAACAAGUCGUCGUGGGAGAGAGGCUUCGCCCAUGGAAGUAUCUACAAGACUGAGCUGAUCGACCUGGCAGACAAAGUGAAGGGACAGGACAGCGUGGUGUUUGGGACUAAACCAGGCGACCCUAAGGCGAGUGACAAACUGGACGCUGAUGGACUUCCUUACAUAGGAUCAACACUUCAAUAUGGAGACCCUUUCUACAGCUACAUUAACCUCAACACUGGCCAGACCUUCACCAAUUACUACAAGAGCCAAGAAGCCUGCGUUGUGGACAACAUCAAGAUCUGCAGCAAUGAAAGUGGCUCCGGCCGCUUUAAACGCGUCUGCAUCACUAUACGAGUGCCACGAAACCCCACCAUCGGUGACAAGUUCGCCAGCCGCCACGGUCAGAAGGGCAUCCUGAGCCGCCUGUGGCCGGCGGAGGACAUGCCCUUCACGGAGAGCGGCAUGGCCCCCGACAUCCUGUUCAACCCCCACGGCUUCCCGUCGCGUAUGACCAUCGGGAUGCUGAUCGAGAGCAUGGCCGGCAAGUCGGCCGCCCUCCACGGCCUGAGCCACGACGCCACGCCCUUCACGUUUUCUGAGGAGAACUCUGCGCUGGAGUAUUUUGGCGAGAUGCUACGCGCCGGUGGCUACAACUACUACGGCACGGAGCGAAUGUACAGCGGACUAAGCGGUCUGGAGCUGGAGGCUGACAUCUUCAUCGGCGUCGUGUACUACCAGCGCCUACGUCACAUGGUGUCCGACAAGUUCCAGGUGAGGACCACGGGAGCGCGGGACAAGGUGACCAACCAGCCGGUGGGAGGGAGGAACAUCCAGGGAGGGAUCCGUUUCGGGGAGAUGGAGCGCGACGCCCUCUUGGCUCACGGCGCUUCCUUCUUGCUACACGAUCGCCUCUUCAACUGCUCAGACCGAUCGGUGGCUCAGGUGUGUGUGGACUGUGGCAGUCUGCUCUCCCCACUUUUAGAGAAGCCACCCCCCUACUGGUCAGCCAUGCGCCACCGGAAGACUGUCUGCACCCUGUGUGGCAAAAGUGACUCUAUUGACUCUGUCUCGGUUCCAUACGUCUUCCGCUACUUUGUAGCUGAGCUUGCAGCAAUGAACAUUAAAGUCAAACUGGACAUCAAAUGAUGUCGGAUUAGUUCAAUAGAUACAUGAUUUUAUCAGAGUUAAACUGGUAAAUGGUCUUCUGACUGAAGUGUGUCAUAUUGCGAUGACUGA